AUGGCGUCUCUGAUAUUAGGUAGUGUAUUUCUUGGACUAAUAAUACAUAUACAGAGUUAUAAUUUUGGAUAUAACAAUAGUUAUACUAGUCAUUGUUUAAAUGAUGAAAGAAGUUAUAAAUUUGGAUAUAACAAUAGUUUUACCUGUCAUUGUUUAAAUAAUGAAACAUGUGAUACUGUUACUGGUAGAUGUGGUAGUGGAUGUUCAAGAGGCUGGAGAGGACCUUCUUGUCAAAGAGAGAAUAUAGCCUCAGAUUCUAUGUUUGUUAGUCAAAGUGGCGUAUUUAACAAUAGACAAGAUUUAUAUGGUCCGAAACUAGUUGUAGAUGGAUAUAACGAUACCAAUAGAAACAUACAUUACUGUAGUGACACUGACACUGAUAACUCAACUUGGCAGUGGUGGUUUAUAGAUUUACAAGAAGAAUAUCCUAUAGGAUAUUUAAAGAUCUUUCACAAAUAUGAUCGAUUAUACGUUUUUAAAGGAUUUUCAGUACAUAUUGAUGAUAAAUUAUGUUUUCAACAUACUGAUACAUCAGACCCUCCUGCUGUAUUUCCAAUAGAAUGUUAUGGAACUUUAACUGGUCGUUAUCUUAAUAUCAGUCGAUAUUCUGAAACCAAGAAUUAUAUUGCUUUAUGUGAAGUUGAAAUCUACGUUUGUUCUCAAGGAUAG